CUCCAAAUUUUUGGUCCGCCUUGCCUAUUGUUCCCUUAUUACUCUACUGCUCCAUUCCUACUAUUUCUUAUCCUUUUGAACGUCGCCGCCUGUUCUUUUUUAUCCCCUUGAAAUUCUUCCUUGUAUUAUUCCCGGCGCUAGGACCAUGAAAUGCACCGCCGCACUGACACUGGCGGCAAACCUGCUGCCACUCACCAACGCGAUACAAUUGGCCAAACGAGAUCCUUCCACUGCGCCAAAAGUACUAGGUCUGGACAUUGAAAGAAGAAAUGAUAUCUCGGAUCUUGUUAAGCGCGAUCAGGAGAGGAGGUGGAAAAGGUCGGCCGUGGUAAAGGAGAGCCUGGAUAACCUCGAAACGCUUUACUUUGCGAACGCCAGCCUGGGAACGCCAAAGCAAACAAUGAGACUACACAUUGAUACCGGAUCCAGCGAUCUUUGGGUAAACUCGGCAUCGUCUUCGUUAUGCUCCUCGCGAACCGACCCCUGCAAGGUCUCAGGGACAUACUCCGCAAACGACUCUUCGACGUAUGAGUAUGUUAACAGCAAGUUCAAUAUUUCCUAUGUCGACGGAUCCGGAGCCGCGGGAGACUAUGUGACGGAUACCUUUUGGUUCGGCAGCCAAAACCUAACCGACAUGCAAUUUGGCGUCGGUUACACGUCAAGUUCGGGAGAGGGGGUUCUGGGGAUCGGGUUCGCGAUAAACGAGGUCGCUGUCAACCGAGCGCAACUCGACCCCUAUCCCAACCUGCCCCAGCUGCUGGUCAAUAAGGAUCUUAUCCAAUCGAGCGCAUACAGCCUUUGGCUCAACGACUUGGACGCAAGCACUGGAAGCAUUUUGUUUGGUGGGGUUGACACAGAAAAAUACCACGGAACCCUUCAGACCCUGCCGAUCCUCCAGGAGAAUGGCAAGUACCGGGAGUUUGUCAUUGCGCUGACAGGCGUCGGCUACAAUGGCGAGUCUGACACCUUCUAUGACGGCGCCGCGUCAGUUCUUCUCGACUCCGGUAGCAGUCUGAUGUAUCUUCCAGAUGACGUUGCAGAAAGCAUUUACGACGAGGUUGGCGCCGAGUACAGCGAAGAACAGGGUGCAGCCUUCAUCGACUGCGCUGCGGCGAACAAGGACGACACGCUAGAAUUCAAGUUCAGCAGCCCGACAAUCAGCGUACCCAUGAAUGAGCUCGUUAUUGUCGCCGGCUACAACAAUGGCGAGCCAGUCUGUUUCUUUGGCGUCGCCAAGGCUGGUUCGUCCUCUUCCGUCCUGGGCGACACUUUCCUGCGUUCGGCCUAUGUCGUUUACGACCUCGAGAACAAUGAGAUCUCGCUGGCCGCCACAAACUUCAACUCAACCAGCUCCAACGUUGUGGAAAUCGGGACCGGCGACAACGCCGUGCCAAACGCGACUGUAGUCGCGGAUGCCGUUUCUACAGUUGCUGGUUCUACCGGCGGAGCUCGCGUUGGUAGUCCUAAGAUCUCAGACAGUGAGGCCGCUGCAGUUCCCGUCAUGACAGCCAUGCCCAAGAUGGCGUUUGCCGCGGCUGCGGGUGCCGGACUGUUGUUCGCGCUGUAAAUAUCGCGCGUCCCCCUGUCACUACUUGUUGCUACGAGACAUGAACAUUCAGCGAUUAGCAUUUGGGAUAUCCUGCAUGGCACGGAUGGCGUUUGGGUUGCAUUAUUUUCUUUUUCAAAGAUAUCAUUGGAGCAGCGGCUAGAUGUAAACUACCAGUAUAGACUCAAGGUGGAUAGCACCGUUUAUUUCUCGGAUUCUGGCAAUCAGAUUGCCUAGUCCAUCGCAAUACCUACCACUUCAAGACUACAUGCCGUUCACACCAAUGCUCUUCAGGUGCUAAUGGUCCCGUAUCCAUCCACACGUACCGUCUUAUGAAGUUUAGGCCACCAAGUUUCCAGACGUCGCCCCCGAUUCGCGUGUUUUCUGGGGAUUCGUAUUCUCAUCCUCCUUGUAUUUCGAAAUUG